UAACUGGGGUUCACGAAACAUAAUCUUAAUCACUUUGUUCCGCGACAAACCCUACCCUAUAAGCCAAAUUCGUAAUCCUUUCUUCUCUACUCUCUCACUUUCCAAUUUCGAGAGUAAUUGAUUUGAAUUAGGGUUUUUCUUCUCUUCAUUUCAUCAUGGAUGCUCAGAGAGCUCUUCUCGAUGAACUCAUGGGUGCAGCACGCAACUUGACGGAGGAAGAGAGAAAGGGUUACAAGGAAGUGACUUGGGACGAUAAGGAAGUGUGUGGAUUCUACAUGGUGCGCUUUUGCCCUCACGAUCUCUUUGUCAACACGCGCAGUGAUCUCGGACCUUGCCCGAGAAUACAUGACCAGAAGUUGAAAGAAAGUUUUGAGAAAUCUCCAAGACAUGAUGCAUAUGUACCCAAAUUUGAAGCCGAACUUGCUCAAUUUUGUGAGAAAUUGGUGAUGGACUUGGAUAGAAGAGUAAGACGAGGGCGAGAACGUCUUGCUCAAGAGGUGGAGCCAGCACCACCACCACCACUAACAGCUGAAAAAUCUGAACAGCUCUCUGUGCUGGAGGAGAAAAUAAAGAACCUCCUGGAACAAGUUGAAUCUCUUGGUGAAGCUGGGAAGGUUGAUGAAGCUGAAGCUCUUAUGAGAAAGGUGGAGACACUUAAUGCUGAAAAGACAGCCUUAACACAACCUCAAAAUGAUAAAGCAUUGAUGCUUGGUCAGGAGAAGAAGAUGGCACUCUGUGAAAUCUGUGGUUCUUUUCUUGUGGCAAAUGAUGCAGCAGAAAGGACUCAAUCUCAUGUCACUGGAAAGCAGCAUGUUGGUUAUGGCAUGGUUCGUGACUUCAUAAAUGAGUAUAAGACUGCUAAGGAGAAGGCUAAUGAAGAGGAACGAUCAGCUCGGGAAAGGGAGGCAGAAGAGCGAAGGAAACGGAGGGAAAAAGAGCAUGAGAAAAGGAGACGAAGUGAUUCAAGUGAUAGGGAGAAGCACCGUGAUAAAGAUUAUGAUAGGGAGAGGGAUAGGUAUAGAGACAGAGACUCAGAUCGUGAAAGGUCUCGGGAGCAUGAUGUUAGAGGUUAUCGAGAUGGAGGAAGGGGGAUGGAUUCUAGGUUGAGGAAUGGAAGAAAUGGAGGCAGAGACAGGUACCGUGAUCGGAGCAGAUCACGCUCCCCUGUUAAGCAUAGCUACAGAAGGUCUUCUUGAAGUCCAGUUUCCUCAAAUUAGUGGAAUUUCUUGAUAGAUGUCAGAAUUUGAAUUUAAAGAGGUAGAUUUUAAUAUCCCAAGACUUGCAUAAAUAUGUGCUUUUGGAGUCUUGAGUUUUCUCAUCAUCAAGGGUGAAUUUACUUUUUUCCCAUCUCAGAGCUUUGUUGAGACUAUACAAUCUCCCUUUCAUCAAUAUUAUUAAUGGAGAAAAAGGGUUGAGGUAGGUAUUUCACUGUUGUAACUUUUAUUACAAUUUGUUUUGCACCUUGAUUUAAGUUAUUUAUGAUGAUUCAUCACUGAAGCAUUGUGUGUAGUCUUUCUUUACACGCAAUUUCUGGAAAUCAAUUGAUUGAUUUAAGAUGUCAGACAAAAUUACAUGAAUGAUUGUCAUUGCUGCCGAGGGGGCUGGUUUUCUCUUGUAUUGAGGUAACAUGUGAAUCUUAUACUCUGAGACGAAUAGAUUGAUAUUUGCUCAUCGUAGGAAUUCUUGUUUUUUGUUUCCCCUUUCUCUUUUGUUUCAUUACCUUUUUCUCUUUAAGUUGAUAUAAACCAGCACAGGUUUAAAAAAUGCUGCUUAUUCUGACAUGAAUUUGACAUUGAACUACAUUCUGCUGGGACCAGUUUAGAAGAUAUAGGUAAACUUACUAAAUCUGUUGCUAAUUAUCUCCCAAAUCCAUGGCAUCGUAUUUAUAAUAUAUUUGGUAUAUGAUAUCAUCUGAUAUGAUCAUAUGCUGAAUGGAGAAAUAAUGUUUAUUCCCUAGUUUCCUGAUGUCGUUCUCCAUAUGGGUAUUCAUUGGGGAAAAGAUAAGUGCAUAGUCUUCAACUAUAUGUAAACAAUUACUUUCACCAAUUCGGAACUGGUUUGGAAUGGAACUUACAGAAUGGUGAAAUACACCCUCUAUAAAAAUAAUACUUGAUUUACAAAAGUACUAUUUGAGUAGAAAUUCAGAGGACUGGCAAAUACAGGUAUUUGGUUGUCUUUGCCAAGUUAUUCUAUAGCGGAAAUGUUACCUUUUGCUUGAAAAACUAUUGUUGAACUGGGAUGCAGGAUGUCUGCUUUUGUGAACAAACACCUACACCUUACUUUAUGGAUAAGAGUGUUAAUUUGGUGUUCAGGAACACAAAUGUCCUUGUGAUCUUCUGGAUGGCUAGGUUGUUUCUGGACGUGAUAUGUGCAGGAAAUAAAUCGCCUCUUGUUAGAAGAAACGGGGGCAAAAUGAAAAUUAAGCUUAUUCUUAUGAUAUCUGGAAUAUGUGACUUUUUUUACUGUUCAACUGGCAGUCAAUUCCUUGACUAACCUAGGAGUGAUCAUGCAUACUAUGAACAUUCAGCCUUAAAGAUUGUAACGUUUCAAGCAAAUAAAAUGAGCGACUUUGGAGCCAUGACUCAGCUUUGCGUGAUUCGUUUUUCUCUUACUCCUGUUUCUUCCCCUCGUGCUUAAGCUGGCUUUUUGUAGCCACAAAGUGUAAGCCAUGAAAUGAUUGAUAAGACAAAUGUGAAAAUGAAGUUUUAUUAUUAUUUUUAAUUGCCUUUCGACGAAUAUAGGAAGGCUCGAUGAUUCAAUGUACUUUUCUUAACA